AUGAGAAACCCCAAUUUCGAGUCACUUCUCUCGCUGAGCGACGAGUCAACCGUGUUGCAUGCAGAAGCGGCGGAUCCAACAAAUAACGUCACGAAAGCUGAAGCCCGAAUAAUCACGAAGCGUAUCGCGCACGUUCUUCGCUUCGAAUUCGGCAUCGGCAAACAGGGCCCGGGUCAGGAUGCAGUCCUCUGCAUUUCGUCUAAUCAGGUUCUACUACCAGUCGUAUUCUACGCGAUCAUUGCCGCCGGCGGUGUAUAUGCUGCAGCGUCUACGGCCAUGACAACGUUUGAACUGACGCGACAGACCCGACAAUCGAAAGCCCGAUUGAUAUUGACGAGCGAAGAGAAUCAGGCAAAGGCAUUGGCGACUGCGCGAGAGUGUGGACUUGCAGAGGAUAGAGUCCUUGUGCUUGAGAGUAUGGCACACAAGCGCCUGCUGUCCGAUGCCGUUCAUCGCAGACGAAACUAUUUCGACCCCAGUGACCAAUUGAGCUGGGAUAUCAUCACAGACCGAAAAACGCUGGAAGAAAGACUUAUAUGUCUAUUGUACUCGAGUGGCACGACGGGACCCCCGAAGGGAGUGAUGCUUUCCCACAUGAAUCUCGUCGCUGAAGCUCUCCUGCCACAGUUGGUGCUGCGCGAAUCACGGCAGGGGAAACCGCAUUUAAACGCUCAAUAUCGUACUAUCGGCCAUCUUCCCACGGCUCAUAUUGCGGGCUGCCAGGGUUAUUUCGUCACGCCAGCUGUAGCCGGGGGAACGGUCUACUGGAUGCCGAAGUUCUACAUCGACGAAUUUAUCGACCACUGCAGAAGACACCAGGUCACGUUUUUGUCUACGGCUCCCCCUGUUUAUCUGGCGAUCGCAGAGAACCCGCGAGUGACUGAUCAUUUCAAAUCCCUUAUUCGCGCGGAGUCGGGAGCAGCACCGUUGAGCGCGGAUGUUCAGCAGCGAGCGGAGGGGAAACUGGGUUGUACCAUUAGCCAACGAUGGGGGUUGACCGAAUCGACUGGAAGUGUGACAACGAUGCCCUGGGGCCAAUCUGAUGAUACAGGCAGCAUCAGUCCGUUGCUGCCAAACACAAGGCUGCGCAUCGUAGAUGAUCACGCUCGGGACGUGGAGCAAGGAGCGGAGGGGGAGAUACUGGUCAAAGGGCCGAUGGUCACCCGGGGAUAUUUUGAAAAUCCUGGUGCAACUGCUGCGGCCUUUACUCCUGACGGCUGGUUCCGAACAGGAGAUAUCGGUGUGUGGAAGGACGGGAGAAUUUACAUGGUAGAUCGGAAGAAGGAGCUGAUCAAAUAUAAGGGGCUUCAGGUUUCUCCAGUUGAGGUGGAAGCACUGCUCUUGAGCCAUGAUUGUGUCGCAGAUGUUGCAGUGAUCGGAGUGAAGGAUCCAAUUGCACCAGGCAAUGAGCUUCCUCGAGCCUACGUUGUGAGGGAAAGGAAUACAAUCGUUUCCGAAAAGGAACUGAAAGACUUUGUGAAGCUCAAUCUUGCUCAUCACAAGCAACUCCGGGGAGGCGUAGUGUUUGUCAAAGAGAUUCCGAAAAGCUCGUCCGGCAAGAUUCUUCGACGAGAGUUGAGGGAGCGAGCCAACAAUUCUAUGCAGCCACGAGGAAAGCUUUGA